ACCUGUGAAUACCAGACCUGUGAAUACCAGACCUGUGAACAUCAGACCUGUGAAUACCAGACCUGUGAAUACCAGACCUGUGAAUACCAGACCUGUGAACAUCAGACCUGUGAAUACCAGACCUGUGAAUACCAGACCUGUGAAUACCAGACCUGUGAACAUCAGACCUGUGAAUACCAGACCUGUGAAUACCAGACCUGUGAAUACCAGACCUGUGAACAUCAGACCUGUGAAUACCAGACCUGUGAAUACCAGACCUGUGAAUAUCAGACCUGUGAAUACCAGACCUGUGAACAUCAGACCUGUGAAUACCAGACCUGUGAACAUCAGACCUGUGAAUACCAGACCUGUGAAUACCAGACCUGUGAAUACCAGACCAAUGAAUACCAGACCUGUGAAUACCAGACCUGUGAAUACCAGACCUGUGAAUACCAGACCUGUGAACAUCAGACCUGUGAAUACCAGACCUGUGCAUAUCAGACCCGUGAAUAG